UCUUAACAAAUAAUAUUUAUAAUUUUAUACCUGAUUCCUGAACCUCAGAACCUGAUACGGUGAGGUGAGGUGAGCAGUUGAGACUUGAGAGAGGCGGAGAGCAGAGAUUAUCAGAGAGAGGCUGAGGCAGAUGAGACCAGACUGAACAGUGGAGACUGGAGACUAGAGAGAGGCGGAGAGCAGAGACUAGAGAGAAAGGUGUUCUUAUGGUGUGCAGAAAUGACAAGUAUUGAGACAGCAACGGGUCAGUCGCAUAAAGCUACUAAUGUUUCAUCUACAACCUCUAAGAUUCAGAAUUCGGGAUUGUCCUUCAAAAGAUGGGGUAGAAAAAGCCCAUUUAUCAGAUAUGGGCUUCCAAUGAUCUCACUCGUGGUGUUUGGGGCAGUUGGUUUUGGUCAUCUCUUGCAAGGCAGCAAGGAUAUUGCGAAGGUGAAGGAUGAUAAGGAGUGGGAGAUUAUAGAGACAAGAAAAGCACUGUCCAGAACGGGACCUAUAGAGUAUAAACCAAAAAAUAUUUCAUUGGAGGAGGAGCUGAAGGCUUUGCAAGAGAAAGUGGACAUAAACAACUACGAGUACAAGAAACUUCCUAGACCAAACGACAGCAAGUCAGUCUAGUUUUUGCUUUCUGCUGGCUGGAUAAUCCCAGCGUUUGAUUGUUUUUGGUUGUCAAAACAAUAUCUAUUUUCUAGACUCACCAGUGAACUCCUUCCCACCCCUACUUCAAUCUCCAGAAAGAAGCAUAUGUAUUGUAUUUACCCAUUUGUAAGCUGAAUAAGUUGGUCGCUUGUGAUAAUUGAUUGAGUAAUUCUGUUA